GUAUAGCCUACGAUGGCGAAGAAUUCGAAACGGACAGCCAAAGCAAAGGCCUUUACAACUCCAGAACCCACGGCAAAGACACCCUCCAAAUCGGAUUCCUUUGACAUACCGGCAGCGUUCACACAAGCGCCAUCUUCCUUGAAAAGCUUCCUCGAACCGCUUUCUCCCAAACGCAUUUACCUUGUCCAUAUCGAUACCCACCCUCCCAACUUUAAACGACAGAUAUUCCUCGUUCCGCUUGCAAUAAACGUUGUCAUAGUCGCUUUCAUCCUAUACAGGAUAUAUGUUGGCUUAUACACGUACCCAGAUAUAUUCACUGCAUUAAUGGGCGGAGCCAGUCCGGCAAAGAUAGACACAUCAGCAGCUAGCUGGGGAUUUCUAUCCGGCACCCUGGCUUGGAGAACUCUCAAUUUCUUACUAGAUUACAUUUUAGCGACGCUUUUCUUGCCCUGGCCGGUGAGGUACUUUCUUGGCCCCAUUCGUUGGAGGCAAGCGGUUGGGUUCCAGCGUACCGAGAUAAUAGUGCGUCAGAGCCGAGAAUGGAGUGAAUCCCUACAGCCUGGAACGUGGAUUAGAGAUGACGAGGUUGCAAUGAAAGAACGCGUUAUUCCUGCCAUCCUUCCACUCCGCCUGCAAAAGACCGGAUAUCUACUUAUUGAUGCUGAUUGGGACAUUGACUGUGAUGCGAUGAUCAACGCCCAUCGAGUCGUUGAAUCUAAAAAGGCGAAAAUUGAAGACUUCCAGACCAGUGUUCUUGUGCAUGGUGGCCCAUCGAAGGGCUGGCUCAUAUGGAAAGUCGAAGAUGAAGCAGCUGCCUCUUCCGAAGAGGGAUUACCGCCUGCCGCACGGGACAGAAUUGUUGCAUUCAAAGAUAAGCUUACAGAUAUGGGCAAGGAAGACCUGUUCUACCGCUGGGUAGAAAUCAUUCAGUAUGAAAGUACCCAGCCUGGAGGGUUUACUCCGAAGAGACAAAAGAACGCUAUGAUGGAGGUGAAAGGAUUAUUUGAAAAGGAGGGCGUAGAUUUUGAUCAGUUCUGGAAAGAUAUCGGGGGCAUGGAAGGGGUGUCAUUGUAA